GUUGCACCUGAACGCUAAACUUGAUAUCCCUUGAUUGUCUUUAUUAUAAAUUGAUUAAUUUCAACAAGUAACAACUCAUCAGCAAUUAAAAGUGAAAAAAAGAAAUGAAAAUGUUUUCAUCAAUAUUGUUUACGAUUGUAACUUGUUUGAUUGUUUCAACUCAAUCAAUGGAUGCUGAAUUAGACCGACCAGCAGAUUAUGAAAGAGAUGGUAUUCAACAUUCAUAUCAUGUUGAAUUCAUAACUGGACCAAUGGACUAUCAGCCUAAACCAAUGCCGAUUACUUUACUUAUGUUGAAAAAGGUUAAUAAUUAUGAAGGAGUAGGAGAUGGAGUUGAUUUAUCACCAUCAUUCCAAUUCAAAGCAAAUUCAAAGUAUCAAUUUGAUAUCAAAACCGAUAUGCCUUUUGAUCAAAUUGAUUACAUUGUUCUUGAAUGGCAAGACUUAGGUGAGAUUUAUGGAGCUGUUGCUGAUAUUAAUUUCGAUACUGCAACAAUUACUCAAACUACAAUAUCAAUUCUUUCGUCGAGUAAAAAAUUCUGUGCUGACAAAUCACCACGAAACGUAGUUGGAAGUAUUGGUGGAGCGACUUUUUAUCCGUGUUAAUUGUCAUAAAAAUUAACUGAAACGAUUUGGUUUAUCUAAUUUCCUAUUAAAUUUUCAAUUUACUAUCCCAA